AUGGAGGCCCAGAUCAAAGAGUGGCAGCAGAGGGCGGAGAAGCUCUCUCCGCUCAACCUCAAGGCCAUUGAGCCCCACCUCGCUGAGCUCGAUGCCCACCUCACCCUCCGCUCGCACAUUGUUGGCUACGGCCUGACCGACGCCGACACCACCGUCUGGAAGACGAUUCGCGACAACCGUGUCGCCCAUGCCUACGUCAAGCAGAGCCUCAUGGUGAACCUGUCCCGCUGGUUCAGGUACAUCGAGGAGGCCUACCCUGAGCAGACGACCCUCGCCUACCGCCCGGCGAAGAAGCCUGCUGCCGCCGACAAGAAGGAGGACGAGGCCGGCAGCUACGACAUCGGUCUGCAGGAUGUCGAGCACGGUGUUAUUACCCGCUUCCCUCCGGAGCCCUCUGGAUACCUUCACAUCGGCCACGCUAAGGCCGCGCUGCUGAACGACUACUUCGCCCACAAGAAGUACAAGGGCACCCUCCUCCUCCGUUUCGACGACACCAACCCCCUCAAGGAGAAGCAGGAGUUCCAGGACUCGAUCAUUGAGGAUCUUGCUCUGAUGGGCAUCAAGCCUGACAAGACCAGCCACACCAGCGACUACUUCCAGGAGCUUUACGAGUACUGCGUGCAGAUGCUCAAGGAGGGCAACGCCUACGCCGAUGAUACCGAGCAGGAGCAAAUGCGCAAGGAGCGUAUGGAUGGUCUGCCCAGCAAGAGGAGGGACAGCUCCGUCGAGGAUAACUUGGCACGCUUCGAGGAGAUGAAGAAGGGCACCGAGGAGGGCACCAGGUGGUGCAUCCGCGCAAAGAUUUCGGUCGAUGACCCCAACAAGGCCAUGCGCGACCCCGUUAUCUACCGCUGCAGCCCCCAGGAGCACCACCGCACCGGCGCUACCUGGAAGAUCUACCCCACCUACGACUUCUGCUGCCCCAUCGUCGAUGCUAUUGAGGGUGUCACCCACGCUCUCCGUACCACCGAGUACAAGGAUCGCGAUGCUCAGUACCAGUGGAUGAUCAAGGCCCUUAGGCUGCGCAACGUCUACAACUGGGACUUUGCCCGCAUGAACUUUGUCAGGACGCUGCUCUCCAAGCGUAAGCUGACCAAGUUCGUCGACAGCGGCGUUGUGUGGGGUUGGGACGACCCGCGUAUGCCCACUGUCCGCGGUAUCCGCAGGCGUGGUAUGACCAUUCCUGCCCUGCAGGAGUUCAUCCUCAAGCAGGGUCCCAGCAAGAACAUUGUCAACCUGGACUGGACUACUUUCUGGGCCACCAACAAGAAGUACAUCGACCCCAUCGCCGGCCGCUACACUGCUGUCGAGACCUCUAACAAGGUGCCUGUCACCAUUGUUGGCUUCGCCCAUGCCGGUCCCUACAGCGAGGAGAAACCCCUCCACGCCAAGAACAAGGACGUCGGUGUGAAGAAGGUCUUCUACAGCAGCGAGAUCAUCAUCGACCAGGAGGACGCGCAGUCGUUCGCGCAAGACGAGGAGAUCACGCUGAUGAACUGGGGCAACGCCAUCGUGCGCAAAGUGUCGCACUCGCUGAACCCGGUCAACAUGUUCAAGGACAAGACUCCCAUCACGGGCAUCGAGAUGGAGCUGCACCUUCAAGGCGAUGUCAAGAAGACUGCGAAGAAGAUCACGUGGCUCAGCACGGCGCAGGAUCUGGUGCCCGUCGAGCUGGUUGACUUCGAUUACCUCAUCACCAAGGACAAGCUGGGCGAGGAUGACAAGUUCGAGGACUUCAUCACCCCCAAGACCGAGUUCCGCACCGAGGCUCUGGCGGAUGCCAACGUGGCCAAGCUCAAGGUCGAUGAUAUCAUCCAGUUCGACCGUAAGGGCUACUUCAGGGUGGACCGUGCCUUCCAGCACGGCCAGCCUGCUGUGUUCUUCCAGAUCCCGACCGGUAAGACGAAAUAG